AGCGUUGAAAGAUACUGCAACAAGGGCUGUAAAUGUUGAUGAUGAUGGCGAUGAUGGUCAGACUGACUCUUCUUCUGAUCUUUCUGCUCUUGAUAUCUGGGGUUUUUGGUGAAAAGUUUUAUGUGAUUUAUGACACCACAACAAUAUGUGUUCUGAAAGGAUCAACAGUAAACAUGUCAUGCUCUUAUAUAUACCCUGAGCAGUCUACAUUGAAUAAUACAUUCUGGAUGAAGUGUAAGACUCUCAAUGAAGAGAUCAGAAGUUUAAAAGAAUAUCCAGAGUAUAAAGACAGGGUGGAAUACAUUGAGGACAGACAAAUGAAAACCGCCACUCUCAGACUGCACAAUGUGACUCAAAAUGACGAGAACACAUAUUGUUUCAGAUUAACGACUGGAACAGAUAAACAAAAAUGGAUUGGUUAUCCAGGAAUACAAGUUUCUGGGGCUCGGAAUGUCAUGUAUGUCUUUGGACUGUGUGUCAUUAUUGGAACUGCGGCUGGAUUUGGGACCUUGUUCCUCCUCAUCAUCUACAGAUGCAGGAAUAAAAGAAGAAAUGAUGAUUCUAAGGACACCAAACUAAAAAAGACAUCUGCAGGAAAGGUGUCUACAUCUGGAGAUGGUGACAAGGGACUCUAUGCUACUGUUCAGCGUCAAGAUAAAGUUAUGAAGAAGCCUGACAAGGAUGAAAUCCAGUAUGCCAGCAUUACAAUUCACUGCCCUGCUACUGAAACCAAAUCUCCUCAGAGCCAAGAGAAUGAUUUUUCUGUGAUCUACAGCGGAUUGAUAAGACAGGCUGAUCCUCUUUCUAUUUAACCAGCUCUGGGAUUGCACCUGAUUUAUGAAUCUAAAACAGGCUUUUAAUGAAAACAAAGUUUCUUGCUUUAUUAUUUUACUGUUUUAUAAUAUGUUUACUGAUAGAGUGCGCAUUUUAUAUUAAGCAUCUGCUGGAAUUGUUCAGUUGUGUUUUAAUGCAGAAGAACAGUGAGGUCUAAUUCAAUUCUACUCAUAUAGUAACUAUGUACGUUUAUAUAGUAUAUAGUACAGGCAGUGCGCUUCCUGCCUUUUAUGAUAAUAUUUUGAACUGGUCAUUGGUCUUCUUUGUGGAGUUGGCACCCACUAAGACCUGCUCUCCAAAAGCUUUUCAUUAAAAGGGUUCCAAUCUGAGCAGUAUGGGGUUUUUGUUUCAACCGAUGUUUUUAAUGUAUUUUUGUUUCAUUUUUUACAAUGUAAUGUAUUACCUCUCGUUCACCUAUACAUCUAUAGUAAAUCAAUAACAGAGCACUGCAUGAGUGACAUGAUGCCAUGUUAGUAAUAGUGAUGAAGGUGCCCUUACAGCUCAGUUUCAAAAUUGCAUUAGGAAGUGGCAGACAUACGCUUACCGCUUAUAUUGACAUAAUCUGUGCUAAUAAAAGAA